UGCUCGGGGCUUGGCCGGCCGAGCUCUCGGGAGCAACUGCUCCUGCCUGGCGGCGGCCAGGCUGAAGCGAUGCACUGCUUGGCGCGGGCUUUGCGCCGAGUCUCGGGCCCCGUGCGGGGCUGGGGGCAGCAGCGGCUGCAGCGCCUGGGGAGCGGCCCGUGCCCACCCCGGGGAGCCGGCGCCUGGGGCUGGGGGGUCGGUCUGGGCCUCGCGCUGGGCGUUAAGGUGGCGGCCGGCUGCGAGCAGGAGGGGGCCCCGCGGCGGGGGGCGGCGGGAGAGGUGAAGCCGCCGCCCCCCAGGGGCUUCGCCCGGGCCAUCGAGAGCAGCAGGGACCUGCUGCAGAGGAUUAAGGAUGAAGUGGGAGCCCCAGGCAUAGUAAUUGGAGUUUCUGUAGAUGGAAAGGAAGUAUGGUCAGAAGGUCUGGGUUAUGCUGAUGUAGAGAACCGUGUAAUCUGUAAACCAGAGACAAUCAUGCGAAUUGCUAGUAUUAGCAAGUGUCUUACAAUGAUGGCUGUUGCUAAACUGUGGGAAGAAGGAAAAUUGGAUUUAGAUGCUCCAGUGCAGAAAUAUGUUCCUGAGUUUCCAGAAAAAGAAUAUGAAGGUGAAAAGGUCACCAUUACUACAAGAUUGUUAGUUUCACAUUUAAGUGGAAUUCGUCACUAUGAGAAAGAUAUUACAAAAGUAAAGGAACAGAAAGAAAAAGCCAACAAAGCCCUUAAACUAAUGGAAGAUGUAAAAAAAUCUAACCAGGAGAAGGAACUGAAAGAAAAAGAAGAUAAAGACACUGAAAGAAAUGACUUUCCUAAAGCUAAGUCAGAACAGGAUGGUGAAGCUAAAGGCCGAAAUUUAAAACCUGUCAAGAAAACAAAGGAAUUUGAACAUGAAGAGUAUUAUUUGAAAGAAAAAUUUGAAAAUGUGAUUGAUUCACUGAAAAUAUUUAAAAAUGAUCCUUUAUUCUUUAAACCAGGAAGCCAGUUUUUGUAUUCGACUUAUGGCUUUACCCUUCUGAGUGCUGUGGUGGAGAGAGUUUCAGGAUGUAAAUUUACAGACUACAUGCUGAAAAUGUUUCAUGACUUGGAUAUGCUGGCAACUGUCUUGGAUGACAAUGAAUCAAUGAUAUACAAUAGAGCAAGGUGUUAUGUUUGCAACAAAAAAGGACGGCUCGUAAAUGCACCCUAUGUGGACAACUCCUACAAGUGGGCUGGUGGCGGCUUUCUUUCUUCAGCAGGUGACCUCCUGAAAUUUGGAAAUGCCUUGCUGUACAGUUAUCAAGUUGGACAGUUUAAAAACAAUGCCAAUAAACUUCUUCCUGGCUACCUCAAACCAGACACUAUUACAAUGAUGUGGACCCCAGUGCCAAACACUGAGGCAUCAUGGGAUAAGGAUGGUAAAUAUGCAAUGGGUUGGGUUGUUGUGGAGAAACAGCAAGAAUAUGGUUCUUGCAGACAGCAGCGACACUACAUCUCCCAUACUGGUGGAGCAGUUGGUGCAAGCAGUGUCCUGCUUAUUCUUCCUGAAGAGUUGGACUCUGAGGUUAUAAACAGUGGGUUAGUGACACCUCCCAGAGGAGUAGUUGUUAAUAUUAUUUGUAAUAUGCAGUCAGUUUCCCUCAACAGCACUGCCUUAAAGAUUGCAAAAGAAUUUGAUAAAGACAAAUUGGCAUGAUACUUUGAUUAAAAUAUAGUGUAGGUCUGAAUAACUGUAUUGUUGUAUUGAAAUAGGAACAAAGUUUAAAAAAAAAAAAAAGGGUAACAUAUGAGCUCCAAGAUUGCUAGGAAUACACAUUUCUGAGAGAAUGUAUCAGGUUGUAAAGAAAUUACCCUAUAUAACUUUUGUUAGUGGUGCUACAUUUUUGUGCAUUUGGAAGUCUUCGCUCAGGGAAGUAGCUAUAUAGUUGCUAACUUAUGGAAAAAGGAGAAAAAGGCAUUCCAAGAGAACAGUUAUUUUGCAAAUCACCAAUGUUGUAGCAAUGUUUUUUUCAUAUCAAGCCAAGGUACUGACCAGUCAAGACCGAUACAUAUUAUUGUUGGCCUUUACCAGAAAGAGGGUGAUGUUUACUCUGGUCUUCUAGACAUUUUCGUAUUAGCAAAUAGUUUCCUUAAAUGUAGUAAAAGUAAGGGAAACUUGUAUAGAAUCAAAUAAUAAGAAAAUGCAAGACUGACUUUAUUUAUUGCCAUGUUAUAUUUUUCAAUUCAUGCUGGCCAAAGUUGUGUUCACAAGUAUUUUUGAACAGUCACUUUAAAAAUAGAGAUUUUGCUUUUUAAAAAACAUUGAAUACAAAGUUUUGUACUUCUGUCCAAAAACAAACCCCACUGAAAUUAAACUGAAGUUGCUCCCAGGCUGAGGAUGACGGAAUCUAGUGUACAAUCAGAAGCAUGUUUUUAGCAGAGUUGUAACUCUCAAGUUCCUGUUCAAAAUUAGAAAAGGAUGAAACUUAACAUGGUGAGGUAAGCUCGUCUUUCAUCUUUUAGAGGACUGCUUUUCUAUUUUAACUGGGCACAAAACAAAUGAGUGAAGCCAGCCUUCUGGCCCAGUGGUAUUCCUUUACUCUUUUGUGUUGGAUCAGAAUUAAAAUAUUCUAUAUAAUGAGCAAAAUCAAGAGAGAUUACUCUUGAAUUCAAUAUCAAAAUUCCCAUUGACUUCAAGAGGAGCAAGAUCACACCUAGAGUAUCUCUCACUUCCCAAUUCAGAAGCCAUGCAGACAACUCUGCUCCACAGUAAUCCCCUCUGGAUGAGCAAGAAGUGAUGCUGAGAGCUUUCCAAAGGAAAUCUCAUCUCUUUGCUGUAGAGGCACAAGGAAUAUUGAAUCAAGGAUCCAGCACCUAAGGGUGCUCCAUAAUGGCUGUGGAGGUUCUCUUCUCUUUUUCUCUAUCCAGAGGGACACUAAAGAAAAUUAGCUAAAUUAUCUCUGCUUAGUAUUUAGUCAUCCUUCACUUAAAAAUAAUCUACAUUAUUUCAGAGUCCCCUUUAAUCUAGUUUUGACUUGAAUAUCUUCAAUAUGGGCAAUUAUGUUCUUCUUUUUGGCAGAUUAUUCUAUUGUUUAAUUAAAACUGUUACAAAAGGCUUCCUACUUUAUUUUUUUCUUAAUUUUAAAUAAUUUUGGUUAUACUUCAUAACAAAAACUUGUCUAAAAUUCCCAUAAAACCUUGUAGACAAGGACAUAUUUUAUGUAUCUCCUUACCACCUUUUUCUGUUGUUUUUACAUGAUCAUUUUUAAUCCAAUUUUUUUUACUGCAGAUGUGUCAAGUUCUUAGUUUCCCCUACUAAUUUAACAUAUUUAGCUCAGAUUGAGUUUCUUGGAGUGCAAGAACUGCUUAAAUAAUCUAUUAACUUUGUUCCUUUCAUGUGCAUCUUUUGGUUAAACUUGUCACCAGCAAAACAAUUUUUGAUACUGGCUUUGUUAGAGUGACCAUGUCUUCCUCGUUCAGUGAUGAAGCUGUUGUGUGCCCUCUAUUAAAAAAAAAAAUCAGGAAUUUUACAAGAACUGUGAAAUGUUUUAUCAUUUAAUAUAUACACUUACUGAAGUUUGAGCAAAUGGAAAGGUGGCACAACAUGCAUAUGAGUUAAAUAUGCAUGACUGUAUAGGUAAUGCAGGAGUUGAGGCAUCACCCAUGUUCCUUUUGUUCUAAUGUAAUAUUUAUUUAGAGAUGGCCAAGUGUUCACAGGCUCAAAAGCAAUCUGCAGAAGAUGAUCAUGAUGAAGACUUGCUAUAAUAGUAGCAGAUCUUCUGUAUUCUUAUUUUAUGAGGUCUGAUUACAAUGUAACAAUUAAUCUGGAUUUUAAGUGUACAGAAUGGAAAAUGAAGCUACGUUAAUUCAUAGUUCAAGUUUUGGGUUAUUUUUGUAACAUUUACAGUAUGGUCUUAAUUCAUUUAUUUUAGCAAAUGUUUUGCUUAAUUUUAAUGGAUUUUGAUAAAGCUGUACCUGUAAUCCAGAAUACUGUUUUAAUAUUAAUAGUAAGUUUAAGUACAUUGUUUUUUCUUCCUGUAUAUCGUGCACAGAGCUUCAGGUUGGUGUAAAAAAAAAAAAAAGACACUGAACUCCCCCACAGAUGUAGUUAGCUACUCACAAUGCUACUGCUGCUGUUGAUAUUGCAGAGCUUGGCUAGCAUUCUUAUAGCCCCUGUGCUUGCAUACUUCACUGGUGCUUUAUUUCUUCAUGAGGUUGCAAUACGUCUUUCUCCAGAUUAGAUCUGGUUUUGCAGGAGCAUGCCCCCACCCUUAGUCAAAACCUUAAACAUAAAAGUUGCUUUAAAAUGAAUCUCUUAACACUGAUGCAGGUGCCAUAGCACUGCUUAGCAAUUCUGUUUCUCUACCUGAAGGGGCAGGAUACUACAGGCAGUAGCUGAGAGAAUAUUGGCUUGCCUGUCCCUAACCCUGCUACCAUUCUUAACAAUUUCACAAAGAUUUGACUUCUACCAUAUGGAGAAAUACCAUGUCAGUUCUGCUUUCAUAUUUCUCUUAUGUUAUAGUUUAAGAUAGGACAUACCAAGAAAUGUAUUUUUAUUAUAGAUGAUCUAUGAUAUUUAGCAGAAUUGUCAGCAGUUUACUUUACACAGAUUCCUAAUUAAAUGUAAAUGCCUGUCUAGUAUUUGCAUGAUUAUGGUUAGUUAUUUUAUGCCUUAAACAAUAAAAACUCAUUUUAUUAAA